AAACCACGCUAUUAUCGGAAGCAGUGUCGGGCUGUCGACAACAGCUCUGUCGCCACUCCUGCCAGCUCAAGUUUCGGCUGUCGGCCAAGCAUUCUAGCCUCUGACAUUCGCUGCGUAACCUCAAUUAGAACAGUUUCGCUGUCUGCCUACACCCAGAAGUUUCCAAGGUGACUAUGGCUUCUUGGACCAUCGCCGCGUGUAGGAUCGUCGCCUUGUUUGUUGUCUUCCAAUGCUGCGCAGCUGAUCCUGUGCUGGUUGGCGGUUGGACGAGGCAAAGCGUUGGUGGCAACGCGCUCUUCGAGGAACUGGCGCACUUCGCCGUAUCACGACAGGUUGGCGACCGGGAGUUCUUCGACACCGUGCUCGAACUGGUUGAUGUUCAGACUCAGGUCGUAGCUGGUACAAACUACCGAAUAAAGUUCAAGACCGCAGAAUCAACAUGCAGGGUAACGGACACUUACAGCAAAGAACUUUGCCUUCCUAAGUCCAGAGAGACGGUCAAGGAUACCUGCAGCGCUGUCAUCUACGACGUGCCGUGGCUGAAGGAACGAUCGGUUUCCUCUUUCACCUGUGAAGGAAAUGCUGCGUCCACGUAAUGAAAGAAAUGCAUGAAAUCUUGAUAGAUAGCAGUGCUCUUAUGCAGAAUAAACUCUUAUGUAAUAAAGUGUCACUUGGGAAAAUUGGGUAGUUUCCCUCUCACAGCAGUGCAAAUCCUUAAACUGCUUUCGCUAUGUCCGUCCGGUCCACCCUAUUACUGGGCUAUGGGCUCUUGUCAAUAGAGAGUUUUACCUUGUCUAAUCACAUAUAUGUAUUGGCGAAAUACCAAGUUGUCGGAGGUGACCUAUCAGGCGCGCGGGCUAUGGGUGCAAUAUUUUGUUCGAUUUUUUUCAACAUUUUAAAUAAACAUAAUAAUUAUUUCCACUAA